CGGGCGUGAGCUCAAUCGAGCAGCUGUUGCAAAAGCUCGGUUUCAUUCAUUCGUUAUUUCGAUCAUUCCGUUCUUUCUUUCAGUCUCGUUUAGCUUCGGAACGGUAGUGGUGUUGUUCUUCGUGUUAAAAAUAUAUAGUAAAUUCAAAAUAUUUAAAAUUAAAUAAACUUCCGUUACAUUACUAUUUAAAGUUCAAAUUAAUGUAAGAAAAAAAUACUUGUGUGCAGAUUCGUCAUUUUUUUAUUUCAUAAGUGGAUUUUUCGUACACAUGUGAUCGAUAUUGUUUUCGAAAAACACUUUCGUCGUCGGGGAUAAGCUUACGAUGAGGCGACCGUGACGACUUAACCCUUCGACGUGACAAAGACUCAAAUAACAGACAAGAUGGGGGUGCCGAACGAGAAUGACGCCGACCCGGGCGUUCCAGAUAUGACUAUGAUGCCACAGAUUACCGAACAGGCCAUCAACGACAACCUCAAGAAGCGGUAUCUUCGCGACCUUGUAUAUACAUACACUGGCUCAAUUCUGGUCGCAGUCAAUCCCUACAAGGAGUUAGGAUGCUACACAAUGGAACAUAUGCAGAACUACAGGAAUAAAACCUUUGGGACAAUGCCGCCCCAUGUGUUUGCGUUGGCCGAAUCCGCUUACAGCCUCUUGCAAAAUGGAGAAAAAAAUCAAUCCGUCGUGAUAUCCGGCGAGAGCGGUGCCGGGAAGACGGAAACAACGAAACUAAUACUUCAGUAUCUGUGCGCUGCUGGGGGACAAGCUUCGUGGGCUGAACAACAAAUCUUGGAAGCGAACACAGUUUUGGAGGCUUUUGGUAACGCAAAGACUGUUCGAAACGACAAUUCAUCAAGGUUCGGCAAGUUUGUUGAAGUGCGACUCGACCAUCGCGGCAGUAUCCGAGGUGCCGUACUGAGAGACUUUCUGUUGGAGAGGGCCAGAAUAACGGGUCCCGCGCCCAGGGAGACUAACUACCAUGUGUUUUAUCAACUGGUCGAGGGGGCCAAACACAAUAAUGAGCUGCGGAACACGUUACGCUUACGACAAGAAGUUCACUUCAAAUACCUUCGGCCUGAAGAUGAAGAGGCCCACAGAGGCCGCGGAGGGGAACAAGGGAAGCUCGAAGCGCUGCAACUGGCGUUGACUGUACUCCAAGUUCCACCUCACAUGUGCGAGGGGCUGUUUAAAGUUUUGGCUGCCGUUCUCUGGCUGGGGAACAUUCAGUUUCAGGAUGUUGACGGUGAGCGGUCGUCUCUUGCGCCCGAGGACUCUGAGGCGGUGGAGGCGGUCGCCAGCCUGCUGGGCCUAGCGCCGCCGACCGCAGAGCGAGUGCUGCUCGAACGACAGAUCAACGUGCGGGGGAACGUGACCGACAUCCCGCUUAGAUUACACGAGGCACGCGAGAAUCGGCACGCGAUGGCGCGCGCGUUGUACUCGCGCACGUUCGCGUGGCUCGUCCGGCACGUGAACAGCUGCUCGGCGCCGGGCCGCGAGGCUCCCCGGGCGCUGGGCGUGCUCGACAUCUUCGGCUUCGAGAACUUCGCUUCGAACUCGCUGGAGCAGCUCUGCAUCAACUACGCCAACGAGAAACUACACAUGUUCUUCAAUAAUUACGUCUUCGCGUUAGAACAGGAAAUUUACCGACAAGAAGGCAUCGUUUACAAUCAGAUACAGUUCACCGACAAUGCUGCUUGCCUCGAACUGUUAGAGAAACCACCGAGGAGUCUGCUCAAACUGCUCAGCGAACAAUGUCAUAUGCCGAAGGGCUCGGACAGCGCUUACCUAACUAAUAUACAAGGAGAAUUCGGCGAACACCAGAGCUUCGUGAAGGGCUCCCGGAGGAAAUGGGAGGAAGAGUUCGGGGUGCAACACUACGCCGGUACGGUGUCGUACAGCGUCCACGGUUUUGUCGAUAAAAAUAGAGAUACGCAACAAGACGCCUUCAUCGACCAUCUAAGUCGUUCGGCGAAUCCUUUCGUCAGGGAAUUGGCUGAUUACGUGCAAGACUUGGCACCUCCAGGUCAUGACAUGUCACUAUCAAGUCCGAAUUCAACUGGCACCACGCAGAGGGGCACGUCGAAGGGACGUCCUACUGUUGUCGAUACUUUUAGAGCUCAACUGCAAUCUCUAGUCGAUAUGCUACAAGCUACUGACGUUUGGUAUGUCCGUUGCAUAAAACCUAAUGAAAAAAAGGAGGCCGGUAAAUACAACGAGCAGCUCGUGCUGGAACAACUCCGGUACUUGGGCAUGAACGAGAUUGUGAGGAUCCGGAGGGACGGGUACCCGGUUCACCUGCCGACCCCGAUGUUCCAGGCCAGGUACAGGUGUUUACUGCCGCACCCGAGACCCAGCUGCCCGGAUAUCGCAACAAUAACAGCAAUAGUAAAUGCCACGAAUACAGACUGGCAGAUAGGGCAUUCGAAGAUUUUUAUGAGGACUUCGGUGCACUCUCCGCUUGAGGCCAAGAGGACCGCGUUAUUGCAGGCGUCUGCUUUGCUCAUACAGAAGUGGUACAAGGGGAGCGUGCGGCGCCGCCACUACGUGCAGUGGCGGGCGGCGGCCGUGGUGCUGCAGGCGGCGUGGCGCGGCUGGAAGGAGCGCUACACGUUCCUGCGGCUGCGGCGCGCCGCGCUCACGCUGCAGCGACACCUGCGCGGAGCCUUCGCCAGGGAAGUGGCUGCGGCGCUCCGGGAGAUGAAGAGGGUCAACCAGGAGAUCAAACUGAGGGAAGAGCGCAACAGUCUCCAAGAGAAACAAGAGCAGGAGCGUGCCGAGCUGGAGACGAUGGCGGACCAGCUGCGGGGGCUGUCCUGCGCCGCGACCAACCGGGCGGAGUCCGUGAACCUGGACAACUUGUUCGACUUCCUGGCCGACGUGCCCACGCAGCGGGGCGCGCCCGACGGCGAGCCGGACCUCAGGCAGCCCACCAUUGCGGAGAUCGGGGACUCCAUGGAGAGGCUGGCUGAUGAUCUGCACCAAGAGCUGGAACAUGUCUUAGCAGCUGAAAUGAACGAAUUAAGCAAAUCCCAUACGGAAGCUCAACGCAAGCCAGACGGUGCUCCAUCGGACGCCAUCCCCCCACCGCCCCCCACUUCUCUACCACUUCAUUCGGUCAUAUCCCCACCACCUCCAGCCUCUCCGGUAAUGUCGCCAUUAAAUGGACUAUCGUCGCCAAUGAGUAACGGCACUCCUAUGUCCAACGGUGAUGCGAUGACGUCAUCAUUAAUUCUCCCGCCUCCCCCUCCUUUGGAAGAUUCGGCCGAGGAUUCCCCAGUCUUUCCUCCACCUCCGACGCAAUGUUCGCUACCGGAACCUAUUGGGCCACCGCCUCCUCCACCAGCAAAAGAUACAACACCUCCGGAGCUGACGAACGGUAUAAUACCGAACGGGAAGCUGACUGUUAUCAACGGCAAGGAGCCGAUAUACGAGUCGGUGAUACCGCGCCCGCCCUCUGACGGCGCGCCCAAGGACGCGGCGGUCGAACCCCCGCCCCCGCCCCCGCCACCCCUACCCGAGACCAAUGGACUCACCGAAGAAUACGACGCCGUGCCAACAGAAGCGCCUCCGCCGGCGCUACCUAAUGUGACGUCACAAGACACCCCCAUCUCCCCUCCUCUUCCAAUACCAAUGGACACGUGUGUUAGUCCACCGCCCGCAAUGAACGGCGAUUCCACUAGUACUGAACGUAACGCCCGCCGGAAAGAACGUGUCGAACGUCGACUGAAUCAAUUAGAGGCGGCGUCUCCCCCCGCCACCGCCGCGCCCCCUACCACACCCCCUGCAGAGUCGAGCAACGAUUUUACGGAAUUUGCCAAGCUUUGCUUCAAUGAUCACCCUAGAUCGCCUGAAGGUACAAUCAUGGCAACGCUGACACGCAAGAGCAAGUCGAUGGAGCUACUCACCAAAGAGGAAAUGGUGACUUAUCACAAAGGGAAUAAUAUACCAACUUCGCAUAUACAACUUCAUGAUCCGGAUAGUGUCACGACCGCUGUCAAUAUAUUUAGGGAACUGUGUCGAUACAUGCGAGGGGAAUUGACGGCGGAGAAGGAAACACAAGUUAUUCAGUCACUGAUCGGGAAAGGAUUGGAAAGAGAAGAAUUGAGAGAUGAAAUAAUCGUUCAGUGCGUCAGACAGAUAACAGAUUGUCCGGUGGAAGAAUGGGCGGAAAGAGUAUGGCUGAUACUCUGUCUGAUAGCUGUGGCUUGGCAGCCCAGCCGGGGCUUGGCUCGGUACUACAGCGGCUGGCUGCGAGCGCGCGCCCGCCUCGCCGCCGACGCGGACUCGUCGCCGGCGGGUGCGCCCGCCAGCACGCCCGCCGCCCGCGCCGCACACUGCGCGCAGUGGUGCCUCGACAACUGUAGGGGGGCCGCGCCGAGACAACUGCCGCCCAGUACUGUGGAGAUCGCGGCGAUGCGUCGUCUCGGCACGAUAGUGUGCCGGUUCUUCUUCCUGGACGGUCGCACGAAGGCGAUCGACGUGCACCCCGCGGACACGGCGGCGGCGGCGGCGGCGCGGCUCGCGGACAAGCUGGGCCUGUCGCCGCACGCGCGCGCCGGCUGGGCCGUGUACCAGCAGCGCGCCGGCAAGGAGGAGCACGUCCGCGCCACGCACUACCUGUAUGACGUUAUCGCCGCUUGGGAAAUGCAACAGGGUCCCGGCGGUGGUUCGGCCGACAAUCGGUUCGUCUUCAAGCGCCGGUUGUUCCGCGGCGGACGCGAGCUGCCCCACGAUCCAGUCGAAGUGGCCUUGCUCUAUGCACAGGCGGUCCACAGUGUAGUCAAGCUGGACGAGUUCCCGGUGUCGGAGAAGGUGGCUUUGCAGCUGGCAGGCCUACAGGCGCAAGUGUCUCUGGGCGAGCCGCCGCCAAGCCCCCCGCCCCCGCACACCCGCGCCUACUACGCUCACCCCGAACAGUUCCUGCCGCAGCGGAUCGCCAGGCCUCGUCCUGCCCAUCAGUGGGCGACAAUACUCGCUCAGGCGCACCGGCAGUACGGCGCCGGGCGGGCGGAGCUGACCGCCAAGGCUCUGUACCUGUCGUGCGUGAUGCAGUACCCGCUCUACGGAGUCACGCUCUUCCCCGUCACGUACAAGGGCUACUGGGCACACGGUCCAAACGUAAUGCUGGGCGUGGGUUCGGAGGGCGUCGUCCUGGUGCGGCCCGCAGACAAGGUCGUACUGGCCGAGUACCCGUACGGCACCAUAGCCGCUCUACUCAUGGACCCCGUCGACAACGGACUGACCAUCAGCCUCACGCACCACGGACAGCACGACGGUUUGAGGUGUAUAGUGCUGGAGACUAGUCAGAAGCACGAGGCGGCGUGGCUGAUGGCGGCGUACAGCCCGGUGCUGGGCAACGGCCUGGCGGACGAGCCGCCGCGCCGCGCCGCGCCCGCCUCGGAGCGGUCCCGCCUCGCCGUGGCGCUGCGCUCCGCCCGCCGCGCGCUCGUCGACUGCGGCCUGCUGCGCCGCCCCGCCGAGCAGCACGCCGGGAACUUCCUCAGGAACACGCUUAGGAGAUUGAGCAAGCACAGACUUGAGAAGCUGCGUCAAGACAUCGACGCGGACAGCCAGAGCGAGUGCUACAAGGGCUUCCCGGUGCCGUACUGGUGCUGGUCGCGCACGCUGCCGCACAGCCUCACCAAGCUGAACGAGGCCGAGGAAGUCGCCGCUAUGCAGAUAUUCAAGGAUAUAAUGAGUCACGCCGGUUUGAACACGAACGAGGGUAGUACGAACAACCUCGCUAACAAUAACAGCGUCAGUAGCCAGGAGAGCGACAGCGACGACAGAGUCGCCCUAGCUCAAACCCUCCUGCAACGCUGCCUGCAGAAGGACACGCUGCUCAACGAAAUGUACAUGCAGCUCAUCAAACAGACGACGGAAGCGCCGGAGUCGGCGAAGCACGUGUCGGCGCGGCACUGGGCGCUGCUGUGUGCGGCGGUGGGCGCGGCGCUGCCGACCGCCAAGCCGCUGCGGAGGCUGCUGCUGGCGCACCUGCGGUACAGGGCCAUCGCGCUGCACCACGGCCAGGAGGGGAAGUUCGCGCGCAGAGCUGAACAGGUGGCGCUGAGUACGGCUCAAGUAGCUCGUCGCUUAUCCGCCCCGUCCAAAGAAGAAAUACUGUGCGCUGCUGCCCGGAGACCUCUACACGUCCGAGUGCUGUUGUUGGACGGGAAGCAGCACGGGCUCGUGUUCGGACCGGCCGCCACUGCCGAUCACCUGGUCACCAUGCUCAGGGAGAAGAUUGGGCUCAGCGAGUCUGCUACCGGUUAUGCGUUGUACGAGGUGUGCGCGAACACGACGGGUGCGGGCGAGCGCGCACUGGCGGGCGCCGAGCGGGCGGGCGACGUGCUGGCGCGCUGGGAGAAGGCUGGGGCCACCGCUGCCGCCUGCAGGCUGGUGUUCAAAAAGCGUCUGUUCCUCGGCGACAAGCCGCUGCAGACGUCGUGCCCUACGGAAAUGGAGCUGUUGUACUAUCAAGUGUUGCACGCGGUGCGACACGACCGCCUGCCCAUCGAGACCGAUGAAGCGGUGAUGGUGGCGGCGCUGCACGCGCAAGUGGUGGGCGGCGAGUGCUCUGGCGGCGAGGAGUGCGCGGCGGUGGCGGGUGCGGUGCUGCCGGCGCGGCUGGCGGGCGCGGCGCUGCCGGCCCCCGCGCUGCGGCGCCACCACCUGGCGCUGCGCGGGACCACGCCGCACGCCGCCAUGCAGCGCGCACUCACGCUCGCCUCCUCCUGGCCGCUCACCAGGGCCACCGUCUUUGACGUAAUGCAAUCGUUCACGUCGAACUGGCCCCGCGCGCUGUGGCUGGCGGUGGACGCGCGCGGCCUGACGCUGCUGAGGCGCAGCUCGCGCGUGGCGCUAGUGUCGCACGAUCACGAGCAGCUGCUGGCGGUGUCGCCGGCGCCUCGCGCCCUCCUCCUAGUCACGCGAGCCGACCGCAAACACGCCAAACUUGUGCUCUCAACUGACCAGGCAUAUCAAAUAGCGACCCUGAUCAAGGAUUACAUUGAGGCCGUGCGCGGCCCGGUGUCGCCCGCCGUGGCGGACGCGUGCGGCGCGGGUGCGGCGCCCGCUUCGUGACCCGCGCCCGCCUAGUGCCAGUGCUUCCACGUGCGCUGAGCGCCGCGCCGCCGCGACACCGCGACACCACCGCACGACGCCGCACCUGAACGACGACUGGCGCGCCACCACACACACCCGAGCGUUUUUGGAAACUAAGCUUGUCUAUGUUAGCCGGUAUCGGUCUCCGCUAAAACGAUGACGUCGACAAAUCUUACGUAACGCACUAGCUUUACGAAACGUGACGUCAUUUCGUUUAAGUGUAUCGAAAAUCGAUUUUUUUGUUCGAUUUGAAUUCGUUAUCGAUAUAGGAUACUUAAAUAGUCAUAUUUCGUUUGUAGUGAUGUUAAUGUGCAGUGAAAAUAUCAGUGGCUUUGUUUGAACUCGAAAGAUAGUUGGCCAUAAACGAAGUUAUAGAAUGAUGGGCGUAAAUAGGUGUUUUAUGAAAUUUAAAUUUAAAAACGAAUUGAAAUUAUAAAUUUUCGGAAACACCUAAUAAAUACGUUUUGUAUGAAACUAUAGAUAUGGCAAUCUCGACUAAGCUGUCACUGCGAUUUACGCUUUACUGUGAAGCUUUGUUAUAAUAUUUAUACUAGGCAAAUUUCUGGUUUAUAUUAAUAAUGGUAUUCGAGGACUAUUGUUCUUCGAUUAUACAGUUAUUAAAUAAACUAUUCGCUCAAUUAUAAACUUGGAUAAUACUAACGACUGACGCUACGACCGGCUGUAAGUGAUUAUUUUUAAAUUUUAAUACGGUCAUACGAUCGUGAUUUAAACUAAACUAAACGUUUCAUUGGGCUUUGUGUUUGCUAAAAAAAAUUAUAUACAUCGACUCGGAUAAUAAAACAGGUGGAUUAAUAGAAGUGGUGUUCGGUUUGGUGUGCAGCAAUGGACGAUUUAAUUUGCCAUGCCACGGGGAAGCAAUCUACACGAAUAAUAGUAUAUAUAAUAAAUAGUUCAACGGUUUUAACAUUUAAAAUUAAUCGUUAUAUUCCCUUCUUGUAGAUUUCUUGUAGUAGAUUGUGAUUUUAAACAGGAAAAAAUGGGUAAAAUAUUGACUUGAAUAUUGUAGUAAUCUAUGUGGCAUGUGAACUGGUCGUACUAGGAGGAUCCCCACUUAAGUGGGAACCAUCGUCUUAUUACUGCCGCGAAACAGUUGUGUUCCAAUUAUAAAUGGCGUGAUCGUUGUCAUACGAUUCAGCAUUCAUGGUUCGUUUGCCGAAAUACAGAAAAACCUAUCAAAUAAAGCCAUCGGUGGAUGCUCGUCUCGAAGUUUUACAACAUUUUUUUCAAUUUAAGACACAAAAUAUAUUCCGGUAUUAUAGAUGUUAUUCGAUAUCAUUAAUGUUGUUACUGUUAAGAAAUUUUGAUGUUUUUAGAUAGAGAUGUUCCGUGAUAUCGAUUACUUCAUCAUUAGGGUUAUCCGUUCCCCUUGAUCUAUGGUAUUUCUUUUUAAAACAUCGAUAUUGUAAUGAAUGUAUCGAAUGAUACUAAACUAUACGAAAUAUUAUCGAUAACUUGGUAUUUAGCUGAGCCUGACCCACUAUUGUUUAACUACAUCUUAAAUAGUGCGUAUUUGAUUUAAGUAUUCUAAUUAAAUUAUACACUUAAAAAAAUUGUUGUGUGACAUAUAUUCCUAUAAUUUUUACCUUAUGACUAUUUGAAGCCCCAGAAAUAAAAAUGUUAAGAAAAAAUAAGUAUUUAAAUAGUUUACUGAAGUAUUAAACUAAAUGAUCUCUUAUUUUUUCAUUAUUAACAAUACUCCCAACGAUAUACAUAGUACUAAUUGAAUGUGACAUUGUGGAUUUACUUUUGAAAAUGUUUCAAUUACAAACAUGUAUAAAUGUCGUUGUUCAAUAAGAUGAAUUGCUUUAAAUUCUAUAAUAGUUCCCAUCUUGUUUCGUGCCUUGUAUAAAGCUGAAUUAUGUUGAAUUAUGUGUGUUUUCUACAAGUCGAAAUUGUUGAUGGAAAUAAUAAGAUUUCCCUAACUUGUUGGCACACAACAAUGCUGUUUCAUCUUGCAGAACACAUAUAUUUUUCAACAGACAUGUAAGCUUUUUCAGUGAUCAUUUGUGUGCAAAUUUUAUUGUAAAUGCAAAAUAAAUAUUCAUUGUUUUAAAACGAUCAACUCUUAUAAAAUAUAAUCGUGUUUUAUGCACAAUGUUAUAUCUCAAAUAUUUAUUGUAGAAAACAAUUAGAUAUUUAUGAUUCGAUCAUAGGAUAUGAUCGACCCACUCGGGUUGAAUAUAUUUAAUAUUAUAAAAAAAUAUAUUAUAUUAUGAUAAAAUAAAGUGUGAGGUUAGAAAAGAAAAAUAAAUACUGUACUUGAAAGGUAAGUUAAGUGAACAUUAGGUAAAUUACAUUAGGCUUCAACAAAAGUUUGUUUUUGAAUUGAAUUGAAUUGAACUUUAAAUUAAAUUCAAAAUGUGUUUUUAUGUAAUAGAUUUGUGUAUGUUCUAAGUCCUGAUAUUUAUUUUAACAAACAUUCUUUCGGAUCUACUCCGAAUGACUUGUUUCAUAUUGACAAAAAAUCGCAUUACUGUGUACCUAAUUGGUAUUGAUCAAUUUUAAAUCAAUCAAUAUAAACGACGAUUGGCAAUAAGGUAAUCUCUGACAUUAUGUAAUAUGAAUACUUUAUUUAUUAUAGUGAUAAUAAUAAUUGCUUUUAAACCUAAAACCAUUUUAGUCCAAUAUAAUUAAUUGUAUGUACUCUGAUUUUCUUAAUGGAUGCAUUCUUUACAUGCAAAUUCAUUUGGUGCUUAAUUUGACACAAAUAUAUAGGCUUGUGUCUGAUCUCAAAACUGAGUAUUAUUUUCGUUAGAUGCCAUACGAAUAAUACGUAGUAUUCAAUUCACUAUUUCAUUAGUUAUACUAAUAUUUGCACAGCCGAUUCGCAAUUAAAUGGAAUAACUGGUGUCUCUUGUGAACAAACCCUAUAACAA